AUGAACUCCCCCCUGGAGGAGGAGCCCAACAUCAACAGCAUUAAUGAGUAUGUGGAUCUGCUUUACGAGGACAUCCAGGAGAAGAUCAGAGGAGUCACACUCAUCUUCUAUUACAGAGAUUAGAGCAUGCCAUAGACUCGUAACUCUGACAACCUGGAGGAACUCCUCCACAAUGAGACGGUCCUGGCAGCCCUGGCUAGAGUCCUGAGGGAGGACUGGAAACAGAGCUUGGCAACAGCCAUAGCUGUCUUUUUCUGCUCCUCCAGUGUUUCCAAGUUCCACAGCCUGGUCACACACUUUAAGAUUGGGGCCCUGUGCAUGAGCAUCAUCGAACAUGAGCUGAGGAGGUAUGACCUCUGGCAAGACGAGCUGCAGAAGAAGAAGACAGUUUCACAUGAGAACCAGAGCCUGAACAAGGAAUAUGAGAAAUCUUUCAAGAAGUACCAGAGCAUCCUGGUCAAACAGGAGAAGUUUCUCAGAGUUGCUUUGUAUUUGCUGCUGAACCUGGCCGAAGACACUCGCAUUGAGCUGAAGAUGAGGAACAAAAGCAUUGUCCACAUGCUGGUAAAGAUUCUGGACCUAGAGGAUGAAGAGCUGCUGUUGGUCGCGGUUUCCUUCCUGAAGAAGCUCUCCAUCUUUGUGGAAAACAAAAAUGACAUGGCAGACAUGCAGACAGUGCAGAAGCUGGCCACGCUGCAGCCCCGCGAGCACGAGGCGCUCCUGGGGACUGUCUUAGGCCUCCUGUUCAACCUCUCCUUCGACACGGCUCUGCGCGGCCACAUGGUUCAGGUGGGACUCAUUCCCAAACUCUCUUCCCUGCUCGCUGAUGAGGACCAGAGACAGCUCAGCAUGUGCAUUCUAUACCACAUCAGCAUGGACGACAGACUCAAGUCCAUGUUUGCCGACGCAGGCUGCAUACCGCAGCUGAUGAAGAUGAUGUUUGACUGUGGAGCUGAUCAGAUGGACAUCAAGCUCAUCUCACUCUGCAUCAGUCUGGCUGCCAACAAGACUAACGCACAGGUCAUCUGUGAAGGUAAAGGUCUGAAGAUGCUGAUGAAGCAGGCAGUGAAGCUGAAGGACCUCCUCGUGAUGAAGAUGAUCAGAAACCUGUGUCAGCACAUGGGACCCACCAAGAUCCUCUUUCUGGAUCACGUGGGUAAGCUGGCAGCUCAGAUCAGUGACGAUGAGGACCAAGACUUUGUGAUCGAGUGUCUCGGCACACUAGCUAAUCUCACCAUCUCUGACCUGGACUGGGCCCUGGUGCUCAAAGAGUACAAGCUGCUGCCGUACCUGAAAAAGAAACUCAAACCAGGAUCCACUGAGGAAGACUUCAUCCUGCAGGUGGUGAUCCUGAUUGGCACUGUCUCCAUGGAUGAGUCUUGUGCAGCCAUCCUAGCCAAAUCUGGCAUCAUCCCAGCUCUUGCUAAUCUGCUCAAUAGGGGAAACCUCCUGCUGGCGUGCUGGACUCAGUUUGACAUCGGCCAAUAG